AUGGCCUCCAAGACUUACAACGUCGGUAUUAUCGGCUACGGCUUCAGUGCCAAGAUCUUCCACAUUCCUUUUGUGGCCCAGAUCCCAGAGCUCAAGCUCUAUGCGAUCGUGCAGCGCACCCCCAAGGCAGACGAUGAUGCGGAGAAGGAUCACCCAGGCGUGAAGUCCUACAGUACCACCGAGGAGCUCGUCCAGGACUCCGCCGUUGACAUUGUGAUUGUAACCACUGCUCCGGACUCCCACUUUGCGCUGUGCAAGUUGGCGCUGGAAGCGGGCAAGCACGUCAUUUGCGAAAAGCCUUUCACUCCCACUUACAAGGAAGCCGCCGACCUUGUCACCAUUGCGAACAAGCAGAACAAGCUACUGGCCGUGUACCAGAACCGCCGCUGGGACGCCGACUUCGUCACCCUCUCUAAGCUCAUCAAGAACGGCUCUCUCGGCCGUAUCUCCGAAUUCGAAACUCACUUUGACCGCCACCGCCCCGAGGAACCCGCCGCCGAUGCAUCCAAGUGGAAGGGCAAGGUCGUGCCCGGUGCAUCCGCUAUCUACGAUCUCGGCACCCAUCUCCUCGACCAAGCUGUGCACCUCUUUGGCCUCCCUCAGCGCGUAACCGGCUUCGUCGGCUCCGCGCGCGCAGUGAACAGCAACGGCUUCGAAGACUCCUUCACUGUGCUCCUGCACUACGCCAACGGCACCCUAGUCACCGCCAAGGCAACAGUCGUCAGCCCCGAGGAAGAGCAACUGCGUUUCUGGGUGCGUGGUGAUAAGGGCAGCUUUAAGAAAUUCCACCUCGAUAUCCAGGAGGAUCAGCUCAAGGCUGGUAUCAAGCCUGAGGAUAAUGGAUAUGGUCGUGAGCCUAAAGAGCGCUAUGGUACUUUGACUACCGUGAAGGAUGGAAAGACUGUUAAGGAGACUGUUCCUACUGUUGAGCCUCCUACUUACACUGAGUACUACCGCAAGUUUGUCCGCGCUCUUGAUGGUGAGGGACAACUUCCUGCUAGUGGUGAGGAGGCUGCUCAGGUUAUUCGGUUGAUUGAGUUGGCUCGGGAGAGCUCUGCUACUGGCCGGACUUUGGAUGUUUAG